AUGAAGUCUUCCACGGUUCUUGCGGCGUCCUGCGCCCUGCUGGCAUCGGCGUCGCCUGUCAACAAGAUCGACGAGCGAGCCAUCGUGACCGACGUCGUCGUCGAGUACUAUACCGUCACCGUCACCGGAGAUGCCCCGGCUCCUACCCCGACCACCACCGAGGCCGCCCCCAGCGUCUUCGUGAACGGCGGCAACCGCAAGAAGCCCAACCACUACUGGUCUAGCUGGACCAGCUGGAGCACCUCGGUCGUCGUUGAGCCCACCCCCACCUCGGCUCCCGAUGUUGUCUACGUCACCGAGACCUACACCCCCGAGCAGCCUGCCGAGCCCACCACCGAGGCUGCUCCCACCACUGCUGCCGCCUCCACCUACGUCCAGGUCCCUGCCAGCUCGGCUACCAGCCAGGCUGCUGCUGCGCCCUCGGACAUGGCCAGCACCGCUCUCUACGCCCACAACAUCCACCGUGCCAACCACUCGGCUCCCGAGAUGAGCUGGCUCGAUGAGAUCGCCGGCUACGCCGAGAACACCGCCAACAGCUGCAAGUUUGCGCACGAUAUGACCCAAGGUAGCGGAAACUACGGUCAGAACAUCGCCAUGUGGGCCUCGUCCGACAACGCCGCUGCUCUUGGUGCCGCCGGCGCCAUUGGCAUGGCCAGCCACGACAUGUGGUACAACGGCGAGGUCGGCCUGUACCUGCCCUCGUACUACGGCAAGGACACCCCCGACAUGUCCGACUUCGAGGCUUGGGGUCACUUCUCCCAGCUCGUCUGGAAGGACUCGACCCAGCUCGGCUGCUACGCCAAGCUCUGCGCCAAGGGAACCAUGUACGACGAUAUGGAUGCGUGGUACAUGGUCUGCAACUACAGGCCUGCUGGCAACGUUGGUGGAUCCUACGGCAAGAACGUUCUCACUUCUCUGGGUGAGGCCACAGUCACCAACUAG